UUUGAGAUCAUCGACCCGCUGACAAUCGAAAAAAUUGUCACCAACAAGGCAGCUUAUUAUGUAAAGAUCAGCGCUCUACCGGGGUGGACUAAGCCUGAAUUAAAUGAGACAAUUCCAGGAUUCACCAUCUGGAUUGAUGAGGCACAAGCUUUGAGAAAGUACGAGUUCCUAUGCGCAAAAUCCGAGAAGUAUGUCCCAUACACCGAGUUUGUUAUGCAGGAUGUCAGAUUCUCCUAUUAUACCGAGGGAAAUUUCCAGACUUUUAAAGCCAAAGGAGAUUACUAUUUAAAAUCAGGAACUUUGUUCAAGACGGAAGUAAAGAAAAGCGGAGGAGUGUAUGCCACGGGGAACGCUGACUCAGCUAAUUUUGGUGAUAUGAUGGCGUCCUUUGGUUUGGAUCCACACUAUUUACCGGAACCUUUCAUUAAGGCAUUGACACGAGUUGGCAUCUGGAAUUUUACCAUGGCUCCUGCCCAGUUACUUAGAAAUCUGCAGAGAAAUGGAGUAUUUAGAUUCACAGCAUCCAUCGACGCCCUUGGAGUGCCAGUCCACGUUGAAGUUUUGGCAGGCAUCAGAUUUGCAAGGCCGACAUUUGCUGUUGGAUUUUCCUUCGAUCGUGGGUCGUUUGGAAGGCUGGCAGAAAAACUGUCUGGAAUCGACGUUGAUUUCCUGGACAAAUUUGGUGUAGAGCUCGAGAUUGGCGUAUCUUUCCACCCUCCGAGUGGCUUAGGAUUUCAACAACUCUAUGUCGAUUCAGAGACAAAGUUUUCCAAGGAACCGCUUCAUAGUUACAUCUACACAAGUGUUCCUCAAGGUAUCUUCGCUGUAGCUCAGGUUGUCCUUCCAAAAGACUGUAAAGGCAACAAAUUCUGUGAAAUUAUGAAGAUGAUUGUAGGGCCGACAAUUAAAUGGUAUAUCACUGGUCACUUUGAAUGGAAGAAGAUCCGAAUCGCUACCGGGUUCGCUAAUGUUCGCAUCCAAGAUGGCCUUUACUUUCACAAGCUUGAACUCUACGUCGAGGCGGACUGGAAUGAUACAAAAGUAAAUACUAAAAUAGGUUUCCGUGCUGAUAUCAAAGUACCAGUGAAAGGCGAAGUUUUCUUUGAUGGAAUCAAGGCUCCAGAGAGCGCUCUUUUUCUGGUUGGUGGGUUGGCAUACGACUUUACAGAGCAGGUAGUGAGCGGAAUUCUGGGAAUGAGAGGAUUCUGGCGCAAAGCAUUCUCCAUCGACUUUCUUGGCAUUGGUAACAUUUAUCUUGGUUUGACCUACCAAGUUGGGGUACCUUUACCUAUUACCGGUGUCAAGUUUGGAAUGGGAAUCGAAUAUGGAUACGACUGUCUUAAACCUGGAGACUUUACUAAUGAAGGGCAUUGUUUUGGAGGCAGUGGCUACUUUGGGGUUGGACAGCCACAGUUCUUCUUCGCUGAAAUGACAGCAAUGACUCUCGGGAAAAUUAUACGCCUCUUGGGAUUCACAUUUGAACUUCCACCUCCAAUAGCUCAGUCUGGCUUCCCAGAAGGCGCUGCGGGCUCAUACGGCGAAUCUACCGUGGAUUUACGAAUCACUGGUGGUUCAUUCAUUCCUGAGGGUCUUAUGGUAAGAGGAAAGGUCAAUAUUCUGGGAUGGACGAUUUCUGCGUUUGCUAAACUAUCAGAUUCGUCAAUUAAAAUAGAUCUAAAACCAGACCCAAUAAAAAUCUUGGAUCUGGCUACGAUCGUUAAAAGCCCAACUGAACCAGAAAAGGGACCUUCAUUCUUCGUCGAAGCCAAAAAGGAUCCAAUCUUUUUCGAAGCUUUUAUAGAAGGAUAUAUAGAUCUUUUGGGGAUCUUGGCCUACUGCCGGCUGAACCUAACGAUGACUCAUAUGGAGCUGGUAAUUCAAGGAAAUUUCCUGGGUCUCAUCAAGGCUGAAGUGUUCGUGUCAUCAGCCUUCAGUUUGACCUUCUUAGGCUCCAAGUUCUACUGCAAAGUCUCACUGGACCUAAAUGGAUUGAAUAACGCCCUAGAUGUCGCAGCUGAGGCUGUUAAAAGUGCUUUUAAUGAGGCUCAAAAGAAACUUGCGGAUGCAAGAUCUGCAGUCAUAAAGGCAAAGGAAGACUGUAAACGGAAGAUGGUACUCAAAUGUGACAACUGUAGAAAGCUUAAAUGUGCUCAAGCAGUAGUCAACUGUAAAGGGUUCUUGGAUAAAGCUGGAAAAUGGAUUGGUGGUGUUGUCGAUAUGGCUGGGAACUGGAUAAAAGGAACUAUAAAGAAUGUUGAUCAAGCUUUAGCUCCGGUUGCUAAUGCCAUCAAGAAAUUCUUCAAAGGCUGGAAAAGAAAGAGAGCAGUACACGACAUGCGCAAUGAGAACUUUGCACUUCAUAUCCGCCGACGCCGAUUUAUUAGUAAAAUAUUAUGCGAAGGCCUGGUUGGCGGUGGCUGCAGUUCUGUAUCUAACCUUUGUGAAGGAUCCUGCCACCUUGGGGACCACAUCGGGAAAGGCCUGUGUAACGUUUUAGACAUUGCAGUUGGCCUCCUGAAGUUAACAGAGACGACCUGUAACUGGGUCAGCAAAGCUAUCAAAUACGUCCUAACACAGCUUUUCAGAGUCUACAGCAUCAAAUUUGAGUUUUCACUGGCUGCUUACGCACUGGGAGGGAACAGCAAUCUCAUAUUCAACGCAGCAUUCGACUUGAUGAUAUUUGGGAGACGUUUGUAUCUGGCAACUGAUUUCAACUUGAGAGAUGCGAUCGGUAGCCUGAAAAGGGGAGCAGAUAAAGCUACGGAGUGGUACAAGGAGAAAAUGAAUAAAAAGGGAGCAACAGACACUGAGGAGAAUUACUACGAUAAUGCAAAUCCUUACGCUGAUUUUGACAUGUCAGAAAUAUUCUUGAUAGAGAAUCAGCAAUCAGCCACAGAUGACAGACGCGGCGCUUGUUUUUUCGUUGAAUCCAAGACAGAUGGCGCUCUUAUCAAGGUAACAGGUUGUAAUGAUACAGAUGAGAGACAGAACUGGGCCUACACUAUGAAAGGACAAAUCAUGAAUACAUGGUCCCAGUUGUGUAUUGAUUCAAAUGGAGGGUCAAAAAAUUCCAGAUUGAAGCAAACCAAAUGUGAUCCGAGAAAAGAUGACCAGAAUUUUCAAUGUGAUUUGGCGGUUAGAUCUCUAAUGAGAAGGCGAAGCGAUCAGUGCUGGACACUGGGGAAGACAAGCUUGAAUGGACCUGGCUCUUUGGUUCAUCUUGGAUCAUUGAAGUGUAUUCAUCCACAAGGAGGAGGCUACAAUGUAGUCGAGGGAACAAAGCUGCUUAUUCAUUGCGGAUGCAGUGAGAGCAGAUUAGAAUUCGUCCUGCAAAAUGGUAAUUUGGUUCAUACCAAGAGUGGAAAAUGUGUGCGACCUAUGGGAGAAGCCUUGGAUGGUGUUGCACUUGGUCUGUACUCGUCUUGUGAGGGGCAUCAGUUUAGCUUCACUGCUGGAGGGUCUCUACAGCACGUUAGAAGCAGGAAAUGUGUCAACACCAGAUCUGGAAAAAUGAAAGCUGCGAACAAUGAAGAUAUGGUGCUUAGAAGCAAGUGCGAAAAUAGUGACACUUCCCUCACCAAGGAACAUCUUCUCUUCAGUUUCGUUCCGACUGAUCCAAGCGUUCAUCUCGAGAGGUGUACACAUUUUGAUAGAGCAAGGCUGGAUCAGCGGUUUGAGGUCAUGGAAGAACCAGCCGUUAGCAUUUGCAGCAAAUUCGCAAAGAAUCUUGCAUACAAGAAGGCAACAGAGCAGUCAAGUACUGAUAAAAAUGGAUUCAGUUACCGAGCUGUCGACGAAAACUAUUCGUCCCACUAUGAAGAUAAGUCUUGUGCACAAACCAAGAAAGAAAAGAAUCCUUGGUGGGCAGUUGACCUUGGAAGAGAGUACAUUGUCACUGAUGUGAUGAUUGUAAAUCGCUACAAUAACUUUGAAAGACUCACGAACUUUGAUGUUAAAGUCGGUGUUAGCAAAAACAACACAGAAAAUCCAACAUGUCACGACCGUGUGGGGACUGUGGGCAAGGGACAGGCUCUGAGAGUCCAGUGUGAUCCACCAAUCCCAGGACGAUACGUGUCAGUGCAGAUGUUCGGAGAAGGGAUUUUAUCCUUAUGCGAGGUUGCAGUGUAUUCCAGAGUUGGUGCCUUCGCAGAUUUAUGUCAACUCAAUAAUGGCGGCUGCUCACAGGUCUGUUAUAACCUGUGUAACCUGAAAGUCAAAUGUGGCUGUUGGCCUGGUUACACUCUGGCUUACGAUGGAAAGACAUGCACUGACAGAGAUGAAUGCCAAAUAAAUAAUGGUGGCUGUGAUACUUUAAAUGGCCUGUGCAUCAACACUUUGGGAAGUUAUCACUGUCAAUGCAAACAGGGAUAUCAAUUUCGAGAGAAUAGUGAAUUGAUUUGUGAGGAUUUUAAUGAAUGUCACAUGAACAAUGCCGGAUGUGAACAAAUUUGCAGCAACAGCAAAGGAAGUUUCAACUGUGAUUGCAGAGCAGGAUUCAAACUCAAGGCAGAUAAAAUGGGUUGUGAAGAUAUCGAUGAAUGUGCUUCGAUUGACAAGGGUGGCUGCGAGUAUAAAUGCAGUAACUAUGAAGGAGGAUAUUACUGCACUUGCCCUGCUGGUUAUCGACUGAUGGACGAUAAUAAGGGAUGUGAAGAGAUCUAUUGUCCAGUUUUAGAAGUCCCAUUCCGUGGUAAAGUUACACCAGUGAUCUGCACUGACGACCGUGCAAAUAUCAGACGUAACACUGUAUGCUCGUAUGGCUGUAAGACUGGACACCAUCUGGUAGGCGACGAUAAAGUGUUAAUUUGCCAGAUUGAUGGAAUGUGGAAGGGAACUGUUCCAUUUUGCAAACCGGUUGUGUGUCCGAAGUUGGCUUUACCAGAAAAAGCUGGAGUGAUUCCAGUUUCAUGUUCAGAAACAGAUGUUGAGUACGGAACAGAAUGUGUGUUCCACUGUGAUGAUGGCUUUGAACUAAAAGGUCCACGGUACACCACAUGCAAAGAAGAUACUUCAUGGAGUGAGAUCGCACCAUUGUCUUGCGUAAAAGUCGACACAGAUCCAUGGAUCGAGUGUCCAAUCGACAGAGUAGAAGAUCUUGAUCCAGACAAGUCCACUGUGGUGCUUGGUUACAAGUGGCAACUUCCACGAACCAACAUGAAGAACGUGACAGUAUCGCCUAGCAACUACGAUGAGAAUUAUCCAUUCUCUGUUGGCAAACACCGAGUCACAUGGAUGGGUGCGAGUGAAAGUGGAUCACAGCUUAGCUGUAGCUUCUACAUAAUUGUGAAUGACGUAACCCCACCCUCAGUCCAAGGUUGUCCAGCCUCAUUCACAGACGUCACCGACUCUCAUCAAAAGAGUGUCACGUGGGAAGAGCCAAUAUUCGCUGACAAUGUAGGCGUUGUCAGUGUGUUAUCCAAUCGUCAGCCAGGUUUCGAGAUGGAUACCUUUACGUCGAUAAAUAUCAGAUAUACUGCCACUGAUGCAUCAGACAAUGAAGCGUUCUGCACUUUUAAUAUCACAGUGGAGGGUUCAACUUGUAUGACCAUUAAUCCUCCAAGAAAUGGCACAGCUACGAAGAUGGGCUGGUUCCUUCAGCUAAAAUGCAAUCCUGGAUAUUUCUUCAACCCUCCUCCCUCAGGAUCAUUUGGUCUUUUCCAAAAUCACGUGUACAGGUGUCUAGGAAAUAAGUGGGUAGCACAGAGUGAUGGAGUGUCCGUGUUAACAAAAGCACCAGAUUGCGUGGCUCACGCAACUUCUUAUGGCCGUUCGUUUUGCAAGGAAGGUAGCAUUUCUAUGGAAAGCAUCUGCGUUAACUGCCCGCCCGGAACAUAUAGCGACAGCCAUAGCAACACAUGCGUAGAAUGCAACCCGGGAUUUUAUCAGGACCAGGAGGGAAUGACAGAAUGUCAGCCAUGUCCAAAAAGUUAUUCACACAUUAUAAAAGGAUCUAAAUCGAGUGAUGAUUGCAAGCCAAUCUGCAGACAUGGGCACUACUCUGUUAAUCACGGCAUGGCACCGUGCGUGGAAUGUCCAAAGGGAACAUACCAAAACAGAGAACAACAGACUAUGUGCCACGCGUGCCCAGUAGGAUCGAUUACAACUAACGUGGGAAGUGUUUCAUUGUCUGACUGCUUCUCUCAUCUCCGUAUCAUGAUGACCAUCCCGGAUUCUGAUCAUGUCGUGAAUGAGGAAACAACCAUUACGCUCGCUUGUUACAUUGAGGGCAUCCCAACUCCAGCAAUAACAUGGACCAAGGUUGAUGAGGAAAUUCCUUCUGGGCGGCUCAAAAUCCGUAAUCUCUAUGACGCUGAUGCGCAUUUAGAUGGCAUUGAGUAUUACAUUCACGAUGCUGUUGUUGCCGAUUCUGGUACAUAUGAAUGCAAGGCUACAAAUAAACAUGAAUCAGUUAGCAAGCAAGUGAGAAUCGAAGUAUUGGCCAAGUCUUCAUCUGGCGCAUUGCCUUAA